AUGUGCCCAUCCGCCUUUUUCUUGAUGGUCGUCGCCCUUUGGGCCCGAUGGACCACUGGGGCAUACGAUGAGAAGCUAUGCAACGAGGGAACUUACGAUAGCCCAGAUACUGGCUUCACAUAUGUACCGAACUCAUGGAAUGCAGAGGGUAACGGGUUUGCAUGCAUCGCGGUCCGGGACUCCCCGCCGUCCUUUGAUGCGACCUGGAGGUGGUCAUCGGAGCCAGGGACUGUCCAUUCCUACCCCCACGUGAAACUUACCCAUCCCGCGCUGCCGGUACCCCUGGCCAGAGUCUCGGCGUUCGUUCUCUCGGCGCAGUGGGCUAUGGCCCCCGGAUCAACGCCACACUCUGUGCCUGGUUUCGACUGGUCCGGCUUGGCAGACCAGGACGUGUCGGCUAAUGCCGCCUUCGACCUCUUUGCCGAUCGUGAUCCCGAUAUCUCUCAGGAAGAGACAAGGGCGGAGACCGAAAUCAUGGUUUGGCUCGCCAAAGUUGGGAACGCGCAACCGCUUGGUUACAACGGGUCUGAGUCCUAUCACGCUAGGCUGAGAAUAGGCGACAUGGACUUCUUGUUGUACUAUGGGACCAACCAGAGGGGUACCUCGGUUUUCACCUGGGCAGCAACAUCCCGCCAGACCAGCUUUGCUGCUGACAUCUCGCCUUUGCUGGAGUACCUUUGGCGCAACGACCUGGUAUCCUCCGAGUCCCACGUUGGUCUGGUUGGGUUCGGGACGGAAGGUAGCCACGCCGACAAGAACAUCACAUUUUCCUCGACCAAGUAUGAGGUGGAAGUCUCCCUCGGACCUGCCCCAGGCAGCAGUGCGACUCCUCGUCCGAGUCAAGCUUCUCCAAACCUUAAUCCGACCGCCACCCCGUCCGGCGCGAGACGCCUCGUGCUCAACGAAAAAGUAGACCUUCCUCAAAGCUCGGAUGAGGGCCUCGAGCGAAGUGCUCCAGCAGUCCCGGCUGUCAAGGUUGAAGCUCAGGGAGAUGAUGCGUUACCGGAAGACGCAGGAGCAGCAACAGCAACAGCAACACCAGAAAAGAAGAGUCGCAAUCCCUUCAAGCGUGGCUACCGUGCCUUCCGCAGAACGUACUGCCCCACAGAAGAACCCGGCCUUGUGCUUCCGACCGGCCCCACGGACGACGAGAAGCUCAAGUAUGUCUCGACAAACCGCAUACCGCUCUAUGUCUUCGGCGUCUUCUCCUUUCUCACACUAUCGGCGGGUAUGUGGCUUUUCGCGGUCAGCUCGCCCAUCUUCUCAUGGUACGGCGUCUUUGUCGGCUUUCUCAACAUCUACCUGAUCAUAUCUUACUUCGUCGGCGUCAUCGGUCGUGACUGGGACUACCAAGCCCAUCAAACCCGCGUCGAAGAAUUCCCCAUCACAGAGGAGACUGCGCCGACGAUCGACGUCUACCUUCCCUGUUGCUCCGAGCCGCUGGAAAUCCUUGAGAACACCUACAGGCACAUCGUCAAGCUUGACUGGCCCACCACCAAGCUCCGCGUCUACGUGCUCGACGACGGAGACCAACCCGCCGUACGUCAACUCGCGGGCGAGUACGGGUUCAAUUACAUCGUCCGUGAGGACCGGCCACGCUUGCGCAAGGCCGGCAACCUCCGCUGGGCCUUCAGCCGCACCACCGGUGAUUACUUCACCAUUUUCGAUGCCGACUUUUGCCCGCGGCCUGAUUUCCUGCGGGAGCUGGUCGUCGAGCACAUGGCGGAUGACAAGAUCGCGAUUGUGCAGAGCCCGCAGUAUUUUCGGGUCACGGACGACCAGACGUGGGUUGAGCAGGGCGCUGGGGCCACGCAGGAGUUAUUUUACCGUGUUGUUCAGGUCAACCGGGAUAAGUGGGGGGCUUCGAUCUGUGUGGGAAGCAAUGCGGUGUAUCGACGGGCGGCGCUGGAGGAGGUGGGUGGGACGGCGGAGAUUGGGUUUUCGGAGGAUGUUCAUACCGGGUUUGGUGCUGUUGACCGUGGUUGGAAGGUCAAGUAUGUUCCGUUGUGUCUGGCGACGGGAAUCUGCCCAAACACUCCACGCUCGUUCUUCUCGCAGCAGAUGCGCUGGGCCCGCGGCAGCACGACACUACUCACCACCAGGCACUUUUGGGUUUCAAAUCUGACGUUCAUGCAAAAGGUUUGCUAUUUAUGCGGUUUGCUCUAUUACUCGGCCGUCUCGCUAGGCCUCUUCAUCUCGCCCAUCCCAGGCACCCUUCUUCUGUUCAUCCGACCAGAAUGGUUCAAAUACUACAACCUCGCCUUCGCCAUCCCCUCCAUCAUCUACGGCUCUCUACUCUUCCGCUUCUGGGCCAAGGCCAAAUACGGCUUCAACGUGCAGCACGUCAUGGUCGUGCAGUCGUAUGCCUAUCUGACCGCCAUCAAGGACCGGUUGUUCGGCAUUGAGCUGCUGUGGGCUGCGUCCGGCGACAAGAAGGCCCACAAGAGCAACAAGUACCGCAACAUGCGGAUUUUGUGCUGGCUGUGGACGAUUAUUUCCGUGGGGGGUGUCAUUGCGGCGGUUACGUACCGGUUGCUGACGGGUUUUCCCUGGUAUCAUACUAUUCCGUUGUUGGUGCUCAACGCUUACAAUGUGUACAUUGCACACUACUUUUUACUUUGUUCGUGGAGGUGGUAG